AUGCAACUAAUCCUUGCAACCCUCUUGCUCCCCCUCUCCUUGACCCUCCCCGUCCCUCUAUCAAAGGAGGCGCCUACUGCUGAAGAGAGCAUUAUUCCUCCUAACUCUUGUCUUGGGGUCUGUGCUAAACUGUCAUCUCCUGUUUGCGGCAGGAAUGCAGAUGGAGUCCUUACAACUUUUAACAACGCUUGCUUGCUCCGCAAGGCAAAUUGUGAUGGACUCUCCCUCGUUCAAGUGCCACUCGAGGAGUGUUCUGACACGCAGGUAACCAGGAAUAAUGAUCCCGAUGAUGAAGAGGAGGAUGGUGAUGGUGAUAACGCUUUGGAGACUGCCGACCACCCCUUCAGGCCCCCGAAGGGAUACCCAGGCAAGAAGAAGGGUCAUAAGAAGGGCAACAAGAAAGACAACAGCAAGGGCAAAAAGAAGGGCAAGAAGGUUUGGUAAAAUCUGAUCAGAGAUACAUUCAAAUGGGUGAGAGAGGGUCUCUUUCCUAUAUAGCUUGAUGGC